AUGGUGACGUCAGAGCAGGUCAGAGCUCACUGGUGGCGCACAGUGAAUGGAUUUUGUCAAUAAAGCGAGUGACAGUAUAAUAGAGAAAUAGCGAAUUGUUUUAAAAAGUAUUUAUCGUAAUGGGUGACAAUGAGCAGAAAGCCAUACAGCUCAUGGCUGAGGCAGAAAAAAAAUUAACUUCCUCGAAAGGUUUCUUUGGAUCUCUUUUCGGAGGAUCGUCGAAGGUAGAAGAAGCAGUAGAAUGCUAUCAGCGUGCAGCAAAUAUGUUCAAAAUGGCAAAAAAGUGGGGAGCCGCAGGAAAUGCAUUUUGUGAAGCAGCUAAUCUUCACGGCAAAGCUGGUAGCAGACACGAUGCUGCGACAAACUACGUAGAUGCUGCCAACUGUUAUAAAAAGUCGGAUCCAAAUGAGGCGGUUAGCUGUCUUCUAAAAGCAAUAGAGAUAUAUACGGACAUGGGAAGGUUCACAAUGGCAGCUAAGCACCAUCAAAGUAUAGCAGAGAUGUAUGAGAGUGAGUCUGUCGACCUUGAUAGAGCAGUAAACCACUACGAGCAGGCAGCCGACUAUUUCCGGGGUGAAGAAAGUAACUCUUCCGCAAAUAAAUGUUUGCUCAAGGUGGCACAAUAUGCCGCCCAACUUGAGAAUUACGACAAAGCGAUCCAGAUCUAUGAACAGGUCGCCUCUUCGUCCCUUGAAAGCUCGCUGUUGAAAUAUAGUGCGAAGGAGUACUUUUUUCGUGCUGCAUUAUGCCAUCUCUGCGUCGAUGUUUUGAAUGCUCAACACGCGAUCGAACGUUAUCAAGAACAAUACCCUGCUUUUCAGGAUUCUAGAGAAUACAAACUUAUCAAGACGCUAAUCGAGCACCUAGAAGAACAAAAUUUGGAAGGAUACACAGAAGCAGUUAAGGAGUAUGAUUCCAUAUCACGGUUGGAUUCCUGGUACACAACGAUCUUAUUGCGCAUUAAGAAACAAGUCAACGACAACCCAGACCUACGCUGAUCUUUUCACUCUUUUACACAUAAUAAUAUGCCAUUAAUAUCUUCCCACUCAGAUUGUGCACAUCUUCCUCUCAUAGCCAGGCUUAUAGAAUAUCUUCAGACCCUUGCGUCUUGAAGGGGAUAAACGAAUACUGUGUUUUAUUAAAGUACUCACGAAAUUGUUUAUCGUUCUUAGAAAUGUGUGAAGUAUCAUUGUAUAGAAUUGAAAUAUAUUCAAGAAUGGUAGUAAAUACAUUCUGUUGGAAUCGGUUUGUAACACUAGUACGUCAAUAUUCUUCAUUCUCACUUACACAGGGCCUGAUUCAAUUUGCAACGGAUGUUAUUAAAUUUUUCUACUAUCCGACACUUAUGAAUUUUUUGCUAGUGAACAUAUAACGAUGAAUUUUUUUGUUCCUAAAAGUACAUGGCACGAUCACUACUGAAGGUAUAGCUCAGAGGCACAGAUAGCGAUAAAGCCUCAUUAGGUUGUUUAUAACGUUUAGAAAGGCUACCUGGAUUACAAUUCAGAAUAAUAAUGUGUAUAUGUUUCAUUUAAAUUAAAGUUCGAACUUCCAGGAGAAA